CUGCCUCCCCACUCUCUCUCACCCCUCAAGCUCCCCCUCAAAUCCUCUCCAAAAGGCAUGGCUUCAUCCGGUUCCAGGACGAGGCCACCGUGCGCGGACCAAGAGGACAUGCCGAAGACGUGGUUGGAGGCCAGUUUGGACAAGAAGAAGGAGAAGGAUGUGCCCACACCACCAUGUUGGUGUGGUGAUGUUUGCAAGCUGAAGGUGUCCACUGACCGCAACAAGUCAUGGACAGAAGGUAGAAGGUUUUUCGUGUGUCCCAACUAUGCACAUGAUCGUCGAAGGCCAACUAACGCAUAUGACAUACCACCGUCCCCUCCUCCACUUUGCAAGUACUUCACUUGGAUAGAUCACGAGGUACCAAAAGAUAUCCAAGAGGACCAACGUGCAGAUUGGUUACGGAGGCAGCGCCUAUUCGAGGAGUCCUAUGCACGGGGAUUGGAGCGGGAGCGUCGUGAGAAGGAGGCUCGUGAGCGCAAGAAGCGUGAGCAAGAGAGGGCACGCAAAGAGAAGGCGGCUCGUCAAGAAGAGAGGGCAAGCAAACUUGCAAGGGCUCGCGAUGCACGAGACGAGGACGAGGCACGUGACAAGAAGGGAAAGUGGCCCCGGACUACUCAGUAG